GUGGUUAGCCGUACAACAACAACAGAAAUGGCCUCUUCCCAGGAUGUCCACGUCCGAAUUUGUGGACAAGAAAUAAUCAAAUAUGAUCUCGAAAUUAAAGCUCUCAUUCAGGACAUUAGAGAAUGUCCGGGGCCACAGAGUGUGUUGAUGGAUUUCAACUCCGAAGUAAAAGAGAGAUUCAAUCAGCUGCGACUGAGAAUCCAGAAUAUGGAGCAAAUGGCCAAGGAACAAGACAGAGAAACAGAAAAACAAGCCAUCUUGAGUGAGACAGAGAGUAAUCGUAGACAGAUGCUGAGUAACCAGACAGCUUGGAGGAAGGCAAACCUGGCAUGUAAACUGUCCAUUGACAACCUUGAGAAAGAUGAGCUGUUGUAUGGUGGAGACUCCACUGUGCGACAACGAAAAGCAACUAAGGAGAGUUUGGUCCAGACAUCCGGUGAUAUCACAGAGAGCCUGAUGAGCAUCAGUCGUAUGAUGGCUCAGUCGGUUUCGCAGAGCGAGGAGACCAUCGGCACUCUGGCUACGUCUUCAAGAACAGUCCUGGAAACGGAUGAAGAGUUCAAAGCCAUGACAGGAACCAUACAUUUGGGAAGGAAACUGAUCUCAAAAUAUAACAGACGAGAAUUAACUGACAAACUACUCAUCUUUCUAGCAGUAGCUUUGUUUUUAGCAACUGUCUUGUACAUUUUGAAAAAAAGGCUGUUCCCAUUCAUUUAGAGAAAAUUGUGAGCAGUUUCCUGUUCUUAAUUUUUUUUUGUCCCUUGAUAUUUCUGUCCAAAACUAGGUCUGUAAUAUAACUGCAGGCAUGCCUUUCUAACCUUUCAAUGGGUUUUUCUUGCCAUACAGUCUUGUGCAUUUCCAUUAUGCACCUUCCCCAGACUGUCUGCAGAACUGUGUCAGACUGUUUUAUUUUUUAUUUUAUUUAACCUUUAUUUAACUAGGCAACAAAUUCUUAUUUACAAUGAUGGACUAAGAA